GCUUGCUCUUAGCAAUGGCGGCCCCUCGCUCCGCCAUCCUGACCGCGGCCGUCGUGCUCGCCUGCACCAGCCUGAUGGCCGCUUUCGUGCCCUCGCCGGUCGCGUCGCGCCCGACAGCGCAGUCGCUGCCGACGGCGGCGCUCAGCGCUUUGGCGCUCGCGGCGCCCACCGCCGCCCACGCGGAGGACUCGAGCGUGUGGAUCCCGGCCCUGUCCGCCGUCGGCGCCGGCUUCGCCAUCGGGCUGGCCGCCAUCGGGUCCGGAGUGGGCCAGGGCAUCGCCUCCGGCCGCUGCAUCGACGGCAUCAGCCGCCAGCCGGAGGGCUCGAGCGUGUGGAUCCCGGCCCUGUCCGCCGUCGGCGCCGGCUUCGCCAUCGGGCUGGCCGCCAUCGGGUCCGGAGUGGGCCAGGGCAUCGCCUCCGGCCGCUGCAUCGACGGCAUCAGCCGCCAGCCGGAGGCGCGCUCGCGCUUGCCCCUGCUGGCGGACGGCGUGCCCGACAGGUCCAGCGCCACCGGGGCCGAGGCCGCGCUGCGGCCGGGCUGGUUUUCGGAGGACCGCUUCUCCAAGGACGCCCAGAAAAUGCAGGAGAUGCCCCCCUACAUCGGCUGGACCCGGAGCGCGCCGAAGCCCACGGGGCCCGGGUGCCACCCGCGCUGCGAGUGGCAGUGCCCGCCCGCGACGGAGUGCGACCAGACCUGCCAGCCCUACUGCAUGCCGCCUCUGUGUAAGACGUUCUGCGCGCGGCACGAGGCGGACUCCUGCGAGACGCGCUGCGGGCCCCCCCAGUGCUCCGUGGUCUGCCCGCCCGGCCGCCUGAGCGGAGACCCCACAGGCAGCUGCCAGACGGUGUGCGUCCCGCCCGUCUGCAGGACGGAGUGCGGCAGCGUCAGAGGAAAGUGCCAGAGCGAGUGCGAGGAGCCCUCGUGCACCUGGAAGUGCGAGCUCGCCUCGGCGUGCCCGAAGCCGAACUGCACCCUGAGGUGCGACGGCAUCAAGGAGUGCGCGCAGCCGCGGCCGCUCCCGCAGGCGAAGAAGCUGGAGGUGCCCCCGAACCAGGUGGGCGUCACCUACGGAGUAACCCACGCUCGACGUCUCCGUCCUCGCGCACCCGGCGACGCCCUAAACCCGAGAGUUCACCCCGACCACCAGGUCUGCAACGACGACGGCCGCGGCCCUGGCGGUGGCGCCGCCCGCCACUCCGGCGGCGCACACCACCGCCGCGCCGGCCACCACCGUGGGGCCGGUGCGCAGGCUGAAGCUCCACUGGGCGGCGGAGGACCAGCGGCGGGCCAGCGGCGGCGGGGGCCCGAGCGCGCCGCCUCAGCCGGUGGCGCCCACGUGGGCAAGGAGCACUCCGCUGGGCGGCGCGGAGACGCCGCGCGUGCGCGGCCGCGACCGCGGGCGCGCCGCGCAGGCGUGAGGCUCUCUGCGCGCUCCUUCCGCUCGCGCUCCCUCCGCUCGCCGACGCCGCUGCCCUCUGCCGCCUCCCUUCGCCCGCCCGCUGCCCUCUGCCCGCCCGCUGCCUUCUGCCGCCUCCGAUCGCCCGCCCGCUGCCCUCUGCCUCCGCCUUCCGUUUGCCCAGUGCGUUGCCGCUCGCCGUUGCCCGCUCUCGCGUGCCGGCCGUGGCAGCGGCUCCACCACACGCACACACACACACACACACACACACAUAGGUGCAUUUAGAUGUAUAUAUCGUCAUUUGUGAGCCUGGUGGUGCCAUCUAUGUGGUACGAUCUACGUGGUGCAAUUCUUCCCCCGCAUCCAAAGUGGAGUUCUUGCUUUCUUUGCACACACACACACACACACCGCAGGAUCUCCUCC